UGCUCGCGCUCCCGUUCGUAAACUUCCCGUCCUCUGACUGCCGAGGGGCGCGCGCGGACUCCCGCACUACUCGCGCAGUCUUUCCAGUGGUUCCAGCCGCUCGGGACGCCUGAUCGGGACGCGUGUCCCCCCCGCGUGUGUCCGGGACUGCCUGUCUACGCUUUCGAAGCCGUGUGAUGAAGAAGUGAAGUCGCGUGUCCGAGCGGGAGUGCGAGGCGUUGUUACCAACUCGCUCGAGAAAGUGAGGAGCGGCGGACGGACGCGGAGCGCACGGGAGGACACGACGGAAUGCUGCGUCCAUGAAUGUUCUGCUGCCUCCUGUGGGAUUUGCUCUUCUGUGCUUGGGAUGACCACCGAUUCCCAGCGCCUGCGGCGGAGCUAACGCUUGGCUGGGGCGGAGCUAAUCUUGCUUCAGACGCUGCACCCCUCUCCAUGCCACCAUGCCAAUCAUCAGUAACGCCAACCAUGACUUCAGCAACCUCUCUGUCAGCGAUGACAGCAGCCUGGACCGGAUCUUCACAGAGAUCCCGGAGACGGAGACGGCCAAGGGCGUGUACUACCAGCGUGCCCGUCUGCUCCGGCGGCCGGAGGACCUGCUGUCGGUGGACCACGCGCUGCAAGCGCUCAUCAACGUGGGCGGGAACCGCUACACGUUUCCGUGGAGCACGCUGGAGCAGUUCCCGCUGACCCGCUUGGGCCGCCUGCGCCCUGGCAGCACUCCCGAGGAGAUCGCAGGCGUGUGCGACGACUACGACGAGGCCCGGCAGGAGUUCUUCUUCGAUCGCAGUCCCAGUAUCUUCCGCGUCAUCCUCAACUUCCUGGCCGCGGGAAAACUCCGUCUGCUGCGCGAGACGUGUGCCCUGUCUCUGCAUGAGGAGCUGGCGUACUGGGGCGUGGAGGCAGCCCACAUGGAACGCUGCUGCAAGCGCAAGAUGUACACGCGCCUGGAAGAGGUAGCCGAACUGGAACGCCGGGAGCAGGAACGCCGAAGCCGCGCCGUUGGGCUGCGCCCCCUGCUAGAGGAGACGCGCUACCGCAGGUUCAUGAGCUGGUUAAGGGACAUGGUGGAGAAUCCCCAGUCGGGUCUGCCGGGGAAGGCGUUUGCCUGCACGUCUGUGCUGAUGGUUGCCGUGACCGUGAUCAGCCUGUGUAUCAGCACCAUGCCGGACCUGAGGGAGGAGGAGAACCGGGGGGAGUGUUCACAAAAGUGCUAUCACAUGUUCAUCGUGGAGACAGUGUGUGUCGCAUGGUUCUCUCUGGAGUUUGCUCUACGCUUCAUCCAGGCGCGCAGCAAGCUGCAGUUUGUCCGCAGUCCGCUCAACGUCAUCGACGCCAUGGCCAUCCUGCCCUACUAUGUCUCGCUGGUGGUGCAGGAGGAGCCUGAGCCAGGGGCGGAGCGUGGGCGGGGCUACCUGGACAAGUUGGGUCUGGUUCUGCGAAUCCUGCGUGCUCUGCGCAUCCUGUACGUGAUGCGCCUGGCGAGACACUCGCUGGGUCUGCAGACACUGGGCCUGACGGUGCGCAGGAGCACGCGCGAGUUCGGCCUGCUGCUUCUCUUCCUGUGUGUGGCCGUCACGCUCUUCUCGCCGCUGGUGCACCUGGCCGAGAGCGAACUGACCGGCGCGCACGACUUCAGCAGCAUCCCCGCCUCCUAUUGGUGGGCCAUCAUCUCCAUGACGACAGUGGGCUACGGUGACAUGGUGCCGCGCAGCAUUCCUGGGCAGGUGGUGGCGCUCAGUAGCAUCCUGAGUGGAAUUCUCAUCAUGGCGUUUCCGGCCACCUCCAUAUUCCACAUGUUCUCACGCUCCUAUCAGGAGCUGAAGCAGGAGCACAGCCGCCUCUUUAAGGAGGAGUGCGCCUCUACCGCUGCGCUCGGGCCAGGGGAGGAGUCAGAGGGGGGCGUGGCUUAUAUUCCCUGCUCACACCCUGAAACUCUGACUCUGCUCAGCAACGGAGGAGAGGCCUCAGCCAAUAACACGCACACUCUCCCAGCAGGUGCCUUCUAGGGAGAUGACACCUGACCUGGGGGCAGGAGAAAUGUGUCCUGGGGUCCCUCUCCAGUUUCCCUCUCUGGAACUCUUGGGCUGUCUCGUCUUCCAUCAGCUGACCAAGCUUAACUGAGAGACUGCCUGCACCACAUUAAGCCUUGAACACUUACAGACUUCCUCACGCUCAGCACUAUUAAACUCCAUGGAGGAGAUGCUCUGUUUAUCACAGCCCUCCUCUGCUCAUGUAGUAAAUGCUCCGAUCUGGGUUGUGUUGCUUCCUUAUUAUGUCAGAAAUGCGUCUUAAACCAACUUCCUUCGUUCCAGGCCAGUUAAACACAGAACAAACUAGCUGAUUGUUUUGAUCCUCUACCUUGUGAAAAAAAGACGUAUUUCACAGGGGUGUUUAAUCUCACUUUUCCUUUGUAGCAUUUUGGACAGACAGCAGUGACGAACCCAAAUAAAGACAGCAGUGAUCACA